GAUCGCCCUUGCUACUUAUAGCAGUUCCAGUUCUGAGUGGCCAUGACUGGGCACCGUAAUGCCUCAAGUGUCCUUACCCUCCUGGUCCUCCUGACAGGAGCUUCCUUCCUCCAACUGUCCAGCCCCAAUCCUAUCAAAACCCCUGGAGAGAUUCAUAGCCCAUAUAGAAAUACUCCUCCUGGGCUGAUGGUGUCAGGAGAGGGGGAAAGAAGGGAUGAGGAGAGACGGCCAUUAAAGAAAGAAGAGGCAGAAGCAGAAGAGGACCUCUUUAAAGACGUGGAUCCCAAAACACUUGCAGCAGUUCUACUGGAGGCACUAAAUCAUUCAAAAGUAGAGAGAAGGAUGGAGGGAGAGGAGGACGAAGGGAAAGAAGAAGAGAUCAAAGCCGAGAUAGGGGAGGAAUACAGACAAGUGAGAAUGAUGGAAGGAUCCGACCGAGACAGAGAUGGACGACAGGAGUUAGAACUGCUGAUGGCCAUGCAGGGGAGGGAGCAACAAAGAGAGGAGGAAGAGGAGAGGAAGAAAGCUCAGGAAGAAGAGGAAAAGAUGACUGAAAAGGUGACAAGUCGUACCUCAAGUCAGACAGUCCAGGUUCAAACAGAACAGCAGCCCACAAGUCCAGAUAGACAAGUGGAGAAUGAGAAGGGUGCUGCUCCCCAGCAGGGACGAACCAACUCUGAACAAGGCAACAAUGAGGAAGAGGAGCAGCUCAGUCCAGAGGAGCUGAGGAGCCUUGAGACCAUGAUGAAGGAGUUUCCUAGUUUGGACACAGCCACUAAGAGGAAUGGGGAUUCAGAGCAAAACCAGAGAGAGAGCCGAGGGUACAGUAACCAAAAUUACAUCAUACCGAUAAAUAAAGGUAGCAACCUUGCCAUGUCGGAGAAGAAACUGAAAUGGCAGGAGGAGACGCAGAAAGCCCUAAGUCUACCAACAUUCAAGGGAGGCAACUUUAUGGAUGACUUCGAGGACAGAAACUAUGGCAAUAGUGCCGCACAGUCUAAGCUUCCAGCAGAGCAGGAGAGGAUGGAAGAAGAUGAGCCAGAGGAGGAUAAGGAAGACGAGGAGGUGAUGAGUCCAGAGGAGGAGGAAGUUCGGGCCAAAGCAGAGCAGGAGGAAAUGAGGAGGCAGGCAGCAGAGGCACAGAGAGCCAAGAUGGAGGAAGCGAAGCUAGCCGACAUCGCCUCAGACAUGCUGCUGCGCUACAUGGUCAAACAGAAUAACGGGAACAAGAAGGACAGUUCAUCUCUGUCCAACGCCGCAGAGGACAAGAGGUCUGACGAAGAACAGGAAAUGAUUGAGGACGACGAUAUCGAUCCUCAGACUAUUGACAAGCUGAUCGAAAUUUCCAGCAAGCUACACCUUCCGGCCGAUGAUGUGGUGGACAUCAUCAGUGAUGUGGAGAAGAAGAAAAAGAAAGACUUGCCAUUUGAGCUCACAUCGCAUUGGCAACAACCUCUAACUCCCCUGUCUUCUCAGUUCUCAUCCAACAAUGGCUUCUUAACGUCACAGAUUUCAACCAAGCAAAAUAACCUGCCUGUAUCAAAACUAUCCUCUCCGGCUGCCAAUCUCCUCAAAACCUGGUUCCAGGAGAAAACAUCUGCAAAAUCACAGGAUCGCUGGAGCAAACCCGUAAACCCUCUGCUAGCCAAUCAAAAUCUGUGGCCCAAACCUCAGAAGACUUCGUCCGUCAAACAGGACCUGUGGCGCAUACCACCCAAGUCCAUUUUGAGUGGCUACCCUUCUUACCCCUCCAGUUACCCAUUCUCCUACCAGAGGAAGCCCUACCCUGACUACUACCCCUUCUAUUAUCCAACUCCCCCCAGACCCAAACCUCGUUACUACCUCCCCAAACCUGCUCUCACCCGCAACCGCUACCUUGGAAAUUCUCUGGAUGAUGCUAACAUGUUCCCUCCCAGACGUCGUUAUUACAGCUGGAUCCAACCUCGGCUGAAAACCCCACCGGCAGGUAAUCAGCAGCAACCCUACUACACCAGCUACCCCCUCCCAUUAUACCCACGUACAUUUCAGCCAAUUCCAAAACCACGCUCCCCUCCUCGAAUGCCAGUAAUCUCUCCUCAACAGCAGCAAAAGUAUUACUCAGCCCUGGCACCUGCAGUGAUGAGAAAAGAAGACUAUUAUGUGGCUGGAAAGCAGUCAGACAGCAGCAACCGUGACGAUCUGGAGAAGUACAUACAGCAGAUACUCCUGGACAGACCAUGGAUGUUGGACUGAAGCACGGAUAAGAGUGGGAAUAGGAAAAAAAGAAAAGAGGAGCGAUGACCAGAAAAAAGUGUAUUUCUGUAUUUUGCUGAUGUUUGGUUUUGUUUUUCACACGUAACAACUUUCUUUCUAAUAUGUGGGUUGGUUGUUAUUAGGACAAGGACAAUACAGAGGACUUUUCUUUCCAGAAGUAAUCUGGAUAAAAUAAAACUUUGGAGGGAAAUGAAAUGAAAGAUACACAUCUGCUCUCCUCCUGCGUGAAAGAGGAAGAACCAGGAUGAACGUGGUCUGGUGGAAAGCACGACAUGGCAAAGAAUUGUAUCAUGCAAGAACUUCUCAUCCAAAUUCCCAGCAUGACAACCUUCUCCAUUUGGACAUUUUAAUAUGCCAACAAAGGAGGACGCUUAAAUAUCUUGUGAUCUGUACCUUUAAAAAAGAAAUCUAUUUCAGAGUCAGAUGAAUCGUAGGUUGUGAGGACGGCUGGUGGAAUUUCACUGUAAACACACACAAAAAGAACAUUUGUAGGAUUAUCUCAGGCAGAGAAACAUUCUAAAAAAGAUUUCAUAACCAUAAUUUAUCAGAAAAAAUAUGCACAACUGGGCCAAACGUAUGUGGACACCAAACAUUAUAUAUAAUAUAUAAACACAACAAAUGGGGAUUCUGAUCAUUUCUUUAUUGACAUUUGACAUUUGAGUGGGGGGUAUUGCUGAGUGGAAACACAACUUGGCUAAGACAAAUUGUCGACACAACAUUGGAAUCUCUAUGAGAGCUAAAAAUAUCACUGUACGCUAGUGUGGGUGUCCAUAUACUUUUGGCCAUAUUAUACAUCAACCCUUGGCCAAUUCACAUUAUAGAAAUAAAAUCAGCAUCAUACAUAAACUGGGACUGGCCUCAUGUCAAAGUCACUCCCUGUUCUUGUCUUUAAAAUGAAUAUAUUUUAUGAAAAUAUAUAAUUUUCGUAUUAUUUGUAUAGAAAUGGAGCAAAAUACCUCAUCAGAGGAGCACCUCUUCAUUAAGUGUGGUCACACAUACCCACCAAAGCUCUUUAUCAUGAAAUAUAAUGUACCAAAUGCUUAUUUCAUACAGGGGCAGUGGAAGCCACGCUUACACCACUGUAAUGGCUUGGAUGACUCACCCUUUUGCAUAACUUCAAUUACCUUGUUGCCAUGGCACCAAACCCUGGCCAAACUCCAUACUGUUGACACCUACAGAGGAGAAUGCAGAGGUGGAGGCACGCGUUCUUUUACUCAACAAAUGCGUUUUAAAGGAUGAGACGGUUUCAAUAUUUUUAUUGUCAUUAAAUCCCAUGAGAAAAAUUAUGAUUGUGUUAGUGGCUGUCCAUCCCUGACUGUUGCUCUCAGUUCCAAGCCUGAGACCUCGUUUUUAAAACAACUCCCCUCUAUAGUUGAAAGAUACCUGCCCAAAGUGUCCCUUAAGCCCAAAGUUCCCUUCAGCGCAAUGAAGACCAGUUGAUGUGAUCUCAAUUAUACAUCAUUUGUUUUUCAUUCAUCAUCAUCAUCAUUAUCUCAGAGUCUAUUUUUAAAUCUUAUUUUUUAACCAUUUUCUAAAUGUUUCAUAAUCAUCAUUGAUACAUUUUAUAUGUUUGAAGUGGGAAAGUUGUUUCCAAAUUGAGCAGAAAUCUGCUGCCUUACAUGUCACUGUGACAUUCCGCCCAUGGUGCUCUUUAUUUUUCUUCUGUACCACUUGAUAUUGUCCAUAGGAGAGAGGCUGCGACCUCUUCUGUUAUGGAAUCGGAUGGGAUGAUGAACAUAAAUCUCAGUUUCCACUGAGGAUGGGAACAGUUUGCUCAUAUUCAGGUGAAUCUGUUCAAGCCGCAGUUUGUUAAUUAUCAUUGAUCAUACAUUUCACGGCUUGGAUCGUAUGACAGUGUUUUAACAAUUAUAAAAUGUGCAAAAAAGGACGGUACUGCUGAGAUUUAAAUGGCUACCGAUAAUCAGUAAUCAAUAAACUGUUAUUUUUCUCCUUCUUCCCUGUUUUUCAAAUAUGUCACCGGGAACUGGAGCAAAUGUUACUCUUUGGAAUGGAGGUGUUGUUUGACCUUUGUGGCCACCUUUUGCUUAGUGACGAGCGCACCUCAGCAUCUGUGUUGCCGAGCCUGGACAGAAUCAUGGAAUCGACAAUCUAGCAAUGAACAAAUUAGUCAAGGUCAUUCGUCAAACAGAAGAAAGUGAACUGAGUUGAAGAAACAAAGCUUUUUGUAUAUUUUUGGUUUUAUUUACUUGCUGUUUUCGAUAAGAUUGAUGCAGGAAUUUACAGAAUAACAAAGAGAAAGGGAGAUAAAAGGGGCUGAUGUGAGGGUAAAGUGUCUGCACGUUUCUCUAUACUUGCAUUUAAAAAAAAAAAUUUCAUGCAAGCAUCAAUUAAAAAAAGCAUUAAAAA